AUGUUGUGGUUGGUUCGGAUCGGGUACUUUGACGCUUACGUUCAAGAGCGUGUAGCCGAAGCCGUUGUGAGCGUCACUGCCGGCACUAGCCUGCGGGCUGAACCCUCCGGGCGUCGUGAAGUUGCAUGCUUGAAUUUGCUAUCCUCCCUCGACACUAUCACAGCUUUUGGUGGUUUUCGCGGUGACAUCGCUGCACUUGCUGCAUAUUCCAAGAGACGUAAAGUCUAUAUACGUGCAGUUGGACCCAGGGCACUUGAAUGGCGGCUGGGAGACGAGGUCAUAAACGCCGGAUACUGCCGCGGCUUGGAACAGGCCGUCCCGUGUAGCACCGCUGACCCCUUUGCCGCCGUUGUCAUAGACCUGGGAUCUAGUUACCGAAGACUGGGGCCCAUCGACCACCGUGGCCCUUUGUUCGAAGCUGAGAAUUUGCUGGGUAAAAGGAUCUAUUGCGAUCGCGGCGGUCAUGACGAGACAUCCGAGGUAGGCUGGAAAGGGCGAGCCCCUAGCAUGCCAAAAAAGCUUCAGCGAACCCCAAGGCCCGCGGCUAGCAUUAUCGAACCAUUGUAG